UAAUGGUCAAGGAAACGUGUCCCCAAAAAAUUAUAAGUCGAUAAAAUCGAGUCAAGUUUACUCUGCAAUUUCGCUCUUCAAAACAAUUUUUAGCUUCUCGACAUGACAAAUGAAAAGGGAGACGUGGGUAGUUCAAGAAAACGACGAAAAGAAUCUCAAAAAUCUCCGCGAAGUACACAUCCAAAGGACAAAGUUGCAGCGACAGAGCCUACCGUCAAUAGUGCCGAAAUACCGGCGGUGACUGCGCCCAGCGAGACACCACCAAACCCGGAGUCUAGGCGCAGCGCAAAGAAAGCGGCCAAACAAGAAAGGGAUUCAGAAACUGCUCAGCGUGGUUUUUUCUCAAACUGUUUCCACAUUGGAAAGUAUGUAGUUUUAGUAUUGGUCUUGCCUGCAAUUCUCAACCAUGCAUCAUUGUACAGAGAAGCAGCUGAAUUAAAACCACAAGGUGAACUGUACGAUGUUGGAUGGAACCACAAGAUGCUUUUACACUGCACUGGCACAGGCUCACCAACUGUUGUUCUUGAUGCACCAACUGGUAUGACGUCUGAUGCUUGGUGUUUAGUUCAACCAAGGAUCGCUAAAUUUACUCGAGUUUGUUCUUAUGAUAGAGCUGGUCUGGGCUUCAGUGAGAGGACACCUGUGAAUUUUACUUCAGAAUCCUACAGCGUUGUGAAUGAAGAGAGAGGACAAGCUAGUACUGUGGAAAGGAUGGUUGAGGACCUGUAUCACCUAUUACAAGUAAGCAGUGAUCAGCCUCAACCGUUUAUUAUGGUGGGGUCUGAAUUGGGAUCCAUCAAUGCAAGGUUCUUCACUCAGAUGUAUGAGCGCGUUGUUUCUGACCUGGUACUGAUCGAUCCCCUUGCUGAAGGAAUCUUUGAGAUGGACAAUGGAAUAUGGAGUAACUUUUGGUUUGAGCACCUACUGCCUUCCUUCCAGUCUCUUCAGCUCUCUGCUGCGAUUGGUCUAUCACGCAUUGCCUUAUUGUUAGGUCUCAUGGAACAGCCAAUCACAGGCAACGUUAUACCAGACACUGUAGUCAUGAGACAGAAAUAUUUACUGUGUCAGCCUCGUCAUCUGAGUUCAGUUGUUGAUGAGCAUUAUUUCAUCAAUCAGAGUUUAGCUCAAUUAAGAACUGCCUUCCUAGUGAAGCCAUUCCCGAAGUCUGUAUCAGUGACAGUUAUUACUGGAAACUACUACGACGAGCAACUGCCAAGCUCUCUUAAUAAGGUAUGGGCCAAAGCCCAACAGAAUCUGAUGUCCAAAGCACACAAAGACGCUAAGCAUAUUCUGAUCAACGGCGCUGAUCAUCACAUGCUGUACCGUAAUCCAAAUUCCAUCGUGGAACCGGUCCGUAAACUUGUCAAACAAUGGAGGGCUCGGCAUAAUGGAACGCAAGAAACUAGUGACAGUCAGAACUCUGGUUCUAAUGGGACUGUACGGAGUGAAAAGUCAUGAUAAACAACAAGUACUUGAAAUAUUUUACUGUUUUUUUUUUAAUAUUAGGUGUAUGACCAAGGUUGGAUUUAACAAUGAGUUAAGACUAGUCUUAUCUUAACUUAGGACGAGUUACUUAUCCUAAUUUAGGACUAGCCACACGUUUUUAAUAUCUCCUAGGACUAGUCCUAACUCGUGAAAUGGCCCCCUGGGGCUUGAUUUUAUCAAGCUGUUAAGCAGAAAAAAAUGCUUGACCUGUUUCUUUGCUAAGCAAAAAUGAGUCGAGCACACCAGCCACAACA